UGUCAAGUCACAAAAGAACCACACGCCCCAGAAGCUCUCGCGUCACUCUUUCCCCUCCCCUCCUGUAGUCGGAGUGCUGUUUUUGUUGGUGGUGAAAGGUGAGGGGAACAGCUGAUCCGUCUGUAGGGACAGUCGGCAUCUUGAGGGCAGAAUGGAAGAGUCAUCACUAAGCCGGGCAACGUCCCGGGGUGGAGUCAGCUUCCUGAACGUGGCCCGGACCUACAUCCCCAAUACCAAGGUGGAAUGUCACUACACUCUGCCUCCAGGCACCAUGCCCAGCGCCAGUGACUGGGUUGGCAUCUUCAAGGUGGAAGCUGCUUGUGUUCGGGAUUAUCACACGUUUGUAUGGUCCUCAGUGCCAGAAAGUACAACUGACGGUUCCCCCACCCAUGCCAGUGUUCAAUUCCAAGCCAGCUACCUGCCCAAACCAGGAGCCCAACUCUACCAGUUCCGGUAUGUGAACCGCCAGGGCCGGGUGUGCGGGCAGAGCCCCCCGUUCCAGUUCCGAGAGCCGAGGCCCAUGGAUGAGCUGGUGACACUGGAGGAGGCCGACGGAGGCUCUGACAUCCUGUUGGUUGUCCCUAAGGCCACUGUGCUUCAGAACCAGCUGGAUGAGAGCCGGCAGGAACGGGACGACCUGCUGCAGCGGAAGCUGCAGUUGGAGGAUCAGGUGACAGAGCUGAGGAGCCGCGUGCAGGAGCUGGAGGCAGCUCUGGCCACUGCCAGGCAGCAGCAUUCGGAGCUCGCAGAGCAGUACAAGGGCCUGUCCCGGUCCCACGGAGAGCUCACAGGAGAGAGGGACGUCCUGAACCAGCAGAAGGGAGAGCAUGUGGCCCGGAUCUUGGAGUUAGAGGGUGACAUCCAGGCCAUCAGCAACAAGGUGCUGAUGAAGGAGGUGGAGCUGGACAGGACUAGAGACACAGUGAAGGCCCUGACGCGGGAACAGGAGAGGUUCUUGGCACAGCUGAAGGAGGCCCAGGCCGACAAGGAGCAGAGCGAGGCCGAGUUGCAAAUGCUGCAGGGUGAGAACUGCCGCUUAAACAUAGAGCUGCAGGAGGCCAAGGGCCGGCAAGAAGAGCAGGGUGCUCAGGUCCAGCAGCUGAAGGACAAGGUGGCCCACAUGAAGGACACCCUGGGCCAGGCCCAGCAGAGAGUGGCCGAGCUGGAGCCCCUGAAAGAGCAGCUCCGAGGGGUCCAAGAACUUGCAGCCUCGAGCCAACAGAAAGCUGCCCUCCUUGGGGAGGAGUUGGCCAGCGCAGCAGGAGCCAGAGACCGAACCAUUGCUGAGCUCCACCGCAGUCGCCUGGAGGUGGCAGAAGUCAGCAGCCGCCUGGCCGAGCUCAGCCUGCACGUGAAGGAGGAGAAAUGCCAGUGGAGCAAGGAGCGGACAGGGCUGCUGCAGAGCCUGGAGGCCGAGAAGGACAAGACCCUGAAGCUCAGUGCAGACAUCCUCCAGCUGGAGAAGACAGUCCAGGAAGAGAGGAGCCAGAGCCACAGACUCAGGGCAGAACUGGCCCGAGAAAAGGACUCUAGCCUGGUGCAGCUAUUAGAGAGUAAGCAAGAGCUGACAGAGCUGCAGACAGAGAAGCAGGAGCUGCUCGAGUACAUGAGGAAGCUGGAGGCCCGCCUGGAGAAGGUGGCAGACGAGAAGUGGACCGAAGACGCUGCCACAGAAGAUGAGGAAGCCGCUGCUGGGCUGAGCUGCCCUGCAGCCCUGACCGACUCAGAGGAUGAGUCCCCGGAGGACAUGAGACUCCCACCCUAUGGCUUGUGUGACGGCGGAAGCCUGCGCUCCCCUCCUCCUGGGCUCCGGGAGGCGUCUUCUCUUGUUGUCCUCAACCAGCCUACACCCAUUGCUCCCCACCUCUCAGGGCCAGCGGAGGCCAGCAGCUCUGACUCAGAGGCUGAAGACGAGAGGUCGGUCCUGAUGGCUGCUGUGCAGAGUGGGGGUGAAGAAGCCAACCUCCUGCUUCCUGAGCUCGGCAACGCCUUCUAUGACAUGGCCAGUGGCUUUGCAGUGGGUUCCCUGUCAUCAGAGGCCAGCACUGGGGUCCCAGCCACCCCUCCAUGGAAGGAAUGUCCCGUCUGUAAGGAGCACUUUCCUGCUGAGAGUGACAAGGACGCCCUGGAGGACCACAUGGAUGGACACUUCUUUUUCAGCACCCAGGACCCUUUCACCUUUGAGUGACCUCACCCCUCCCUCGUACGUAGACACGCUC